AUGUCUGGCGACAAUGACGCUGCCGAUACCACUGGGCCCCGACUGGACGGUAUGAUGGCCUUCGAUGCUGAGGGGGCAAGCCGCGUUGCUGGCCUGCCCAAGGAAGAGUUCUUUGCCACUUUGGUGCGCUACAUGCACGAGUCCUUAGAGGCGCGCCUCACGGAGGAGGAGAGAGAUGUCCGGCGUCGUCUAAGCGAAGUGGAGCAGCAGCGUCGGCGGGUGCGCCAAUUGCUGGCGGACGUGAGUCUGGCGGGUGAGCUGCUGUCCCUUAACGUUGGGGGAAGGGGCUUUACGGUGCCUCGCCGCACACUCUGUGCUGUGCCUGAUAGCAUGCUUGCAUUAUUGACGAGCGAGUGGCUGAAGAUUGAGCGCGAUGGCUCUGGGGCCAUCUUUGUGGAUCGGUCGCCUGAUCUCUUUGGGGAAGUUCUGUCUUAUUUGCGUUUGAGGGCGGACCUUCAAAGAUCGUUUAAAGAACCACCCGAAGCGCACGAUGAAAAGAUAAAUGAAGUGGAUGAGGCGGCCGUCAUGGCACAGUUGACACGGACGAAUUGGCGUCAUAUGUCUUCCAGGGAAUUGCACGCGCUGGCUUCUGAGGCAAACUAUUAUAACCUGAAAAUCCUUGAGUUGUACCUCGGGCUGUACGCGCAGCAGCGGUGGAUUGAGUGUGGGACGUUUGUAGUUUCCCAGGAGGAUGUUGCGUACGACGCCCACGGGGGUGAGUCAUACUCCACAGGGCGUAGUUUUGCAGGGGACGCGGUGUUGUGCCUCGCUUACGACGAAGAAAGCGGUGUAUGUGCAGCAGGACGAAAAAGUGGUGCGAUGACAGUAUAUAAUUUGCCAUCGCUAGUUCGGCUUGUGACGCAGCGUAGACACGCAAACUGUGUUACAGCCGUGUCUGUUACACCGAAGCAUAUUUUUUCAGUUGGACAUGAUGGUUGUGUCGCGGUGGGUCACAGCCGCCAAGGUUUCUUUGCUCUUAUCUGCAAAUUGCGCGCGCAUGAAGGCUUUGUCCAUGAUCUACUACUACUGCCGGAGCGGUUGACGCUUGUUUCUUGUGGUGAGGACGGCUUGCUAAAUGUCUGGAAACUGAAUUACGGCUACCAAACGGUGCUGGAGAAGAGUAUUGCUACUUUGUGCCCUGUACGCUGCCUUGCCGCGUAUCAUCAUCACGUUUUUGCCUCCUCUAGGGAGCAGAUUUUGGUGCUGGAUUUGAAUAAAGGUGAGUUGCUCUCGCGACGCGGCAAAUUUCACAGUGCACCUAUACGCUCCCUAGCGACGGAUGAGCACAGGGGAAUUCUGGCGUCGGGUGGGUGGGAUGGCAUGAUAUAUAUUUGGGGCGCGAAGGAAGCAGUGUCGUCGCAGGCAACUGAAUUGCAAGGGGCGGCGGAGGAAUAUUUUAUCCCGCUCUACGCAGUGGCGCAGUGUGAUAGUUGGGUGGCGCAUGUAUCAUUUGUGGGAAGUUUGUUAGCCGCUUCCUGCGGUUCAGUUAUCAAUUUCUUUGCCUGUGGCCCGGUGUCACGGGUUGUCCGUUGCAUGAGGACGGAUCGGGGGACGAAAGCAGCUGGGGGGCGUAGGAACGAGUUCGUUCGUGUCUUCUUGGCGGCGGAGCGUGUGAACUGCCUGCUCAUUGGUGGCCUCGACGGUGCUCUUACCUCCCUCCAGAAUCGCAUGUUUGCGGAGCCGCCAAGACAGGGUGAUGAGAAGUCGUGCCAGUGUGGGGGCGACGAGGAGCUGGCGCCGCCUCCGUGA